CCAGUGUUUGUUCAGCGUGAAGCCGCGCCUCCAGCCGCCUGCUGGGCAGCAGCACCUGAGGGCGCAGGUCAGACGCCUGCUCCUCCGUAUCCAUCACUUCAGCACUGACAGCAGGCGACGAUGCAGCGAGGCCCGACACACCUGAGCCACCUGUUACUUUGGCUGCUUCUUGCGCCAGCGUCUGCGGAUUUGCCCAUGUGCAAAGAGUCAGAUUAUCACUUUGAGUACACAGACUGUGAUGUGCUCGGGUCACGAUGGAGAGUGGCGGUUCCCAACAAAGCUGACACAUGCACAGGCCUCCCAGAUCCAGUCAAAGGCACCCAGUGCACCUUCUCCUGUAGUGAGGGGGAAUUCCUCGACAUGCAGUCGCAGGAGUGCCAGAAGUGUGCUGCAGGCACCUACUCUCUGGGCACUGGGGUGGCCUUUGAUGAGUGGGACACCCUGCCCUCUGGUUUUGAGACCCACGGGGUGAACACAAACUACGGGGACGCCCACACAGACUGCUCCAACUCAACCUGGACUCCAAAGGGCGAUUAUGUAGCCUCAAACACAGAUGAGUGCACUGCAACGCUGUCCUACGCUGUGAGCCUGAAGAAACCUGGAACUGUGUCCUUUGAAUAUUUCUACCCUGACAGCGGCAUUUAUUUUGAGUUCUUUGUUCAGAAUGACCAGUGUCAGUCUACGGACUCUCAAAACCGGUGGAUAAAGAGAUCUGAGAGCAAAUGGAGCAAAUACGAGGUUGAGCUGAACAGUGGCAACAAUGUGCUGUAUUGGAGAGCCACUUCGUACGCUCUGCAGGCCAGUGCUGUCAAACCUGUGCUGUUAAGAAACAUUGCCAUCUCCGGGGUGGCCUACACAUCAGAGUGUUUCCAUUGUAAACCUGGCACCCACAGUGCAAAAGAAGGAUCUGCCCGCUGUUCUCCCUGCCCUGCUGAAACCUACUCCAACAAGGGUGCCACUGUUUGCCAUCAGUGUGAAUCAGACACAUAUGCAGAGGCUGGUUCCGGGACCUGCAAACCGAGACCUUCAUGUACAAACAGUGACUACUUCUACACCCACACUCCCUGUGACUCUGAGGGAAAGACCCAGCUCAUGUACAAGUGGAUCGAGCCUAAGAUCUGCAGUGAGACCAUCGAAGGAGCUGUGACACUGCCCGCAUCAGGGGAGAAGCAAACCUGUCCCCCAUGUAACCCGGGUUUCUUUGUCACCAACUCAUCCACCUGUGAACCCUGUGACAAAGGUUUCUACUCAAACGGAACAGCGUGUACCAAGUGCCCUGUUGGCACGGAGCCAGUGUUGGGUCUUGAGUACAAAUGGUGGAACACGAUGCCGAGCAACAUGAAGAGCUACACCUUCCGUCGGGAGUUCGGCGACACUGAACACAGCACGGCAUGGGAGGUGGCUGGAGAGUAUGUUUACACCACUCCUGGGGAUCAGGACACAGACUACCUGAUGCUCACGCUCAGUGUCACUGGAUACAGGCUGCCUCAGUCCAUGGCCAAAGACAGUGAAAGGAGUGAACUCUCUCACAUCACCUUCGUUUUUGAGACCACAUGUACAGCUGACUGCAAAUUUUUUUUCCUGGCGGGUUAUAAUCAGUGGAGUAAUGAUGUGGUGGAGCAGUGGAAAGGCAGCAACCGCAAACAGUCGUACUCCUACCUGAUCCAGAGCAACAGCACCGUCAGCUUCACCUGGACAUUUCAGCGAACAGAGGAAUUUAACGUGGAGAGGAAAUACAGUGCUGAUGUUGCAAAGAUCUACUCAAUCCACAUCACCAAUGUGAUCGAAGGCGUGGCCUCUCAUUGUCGUCACUGUGCCCUGAGUUCUGGUAACGAGGGCUCUGCCUGUGUUCCCUGCCCACCGGGACACUACAUGGUCAAUGGGACAGGAGUGUGUAUGAGCUGCCCGCCAAACACCUUCAUCAGGGCCGAUCAGCCAGUCGGAGAGGCUGCUUGUGUUCAGUGUGGACCAAACAUGAAGAGUAACAAGGGCCACACAGCAUGUAUCAGUGACUGUACGUUGGACGUACAGACAGGAGGGGGAGCACUGCUGCACUAUGACUUCUCUCCUCUGGCCAAUGUCACCGGCUUCCAGAGCAGCCCGCGCUUCACCAACAAAGGCCUGAGAUAUUUCCACCACUUUAAUUUGGGUCUGUGUGGGAAAGAGAGCAGAGUACCGGCCACCUGUGUGGACAAUGUAACAGAGAUUAGGAGAGAGGUCAAAGGUUACGUAUGUCAGUCCACUGUGGUUCCCUCUGACAUCAGGAGUCAGACCGUGGUUUCUUCCCAGCCUUUCCUUAUUGGUGACUCACUCAUAGGUGUGACAACUGACACAACCCUGAGUAGCAUCUCCUCUCCAAAAUGGCUGUUUCCCCCUGCGUCCGGCCUGCCAGAUGUCAUAUUCUAUUACAAGUCCAGUGAGACGACUCAAGCUUGUAAACAAGGCAGGUCAGCCACCAUCAGACUGAGAUGCAAUCCCACAGUGGCCGCUACAGACCUCAUCACGCUGCCAAGUAACUGUUCAGAGGGGACGUGUGAUGGUUGUACUUUCCACUUUAUGUGGCAGAGCCAGCAUGCUUGUCCACUCUGCACCAAAAGCCACUACAGAGAGAUUGUCAGUGCUUGCAUCCAGGGAAUACAGAGGACCACCUAUGUGUGGCAGCAGCCGUUGCAGUGUUAUGGAGGAGAGUCAUUACCAGCACAAAAAGUCAGUGCUUGUGUGACUCUGGAUUUCUGGCUUAAGUUUGGUGUUUCCACGGGAACGAUCGCCGCUGUGCUGCUCAUCAGUCUCAGCUGCUAUUUCUGGAAGAAGACACGCAAGUUGCAGUAUAAGUACUCCAAGCUGAUGAUGAGCUCUGGGGGUAAAGAGUGUGAGCUGCCCACCGCAGACAGCUGUGCAAUAAUGGAGGGAGAAGACGCAGAAGAUGAUGUCAUGUACCUCACCAAGAAAUCCUUCUUCACCAAAAUGAAGUCCUUCUCACGAGAGAGGACGUCAGAUGGAUUUGACUCGGUUCCACUUAAGUCAUCAUCUUCAUGCCAGCAAAGAGAGGACGAAGACUCAGAUGAUGCUUAAUUCAGCGGACUUACAGAUCCUUCUACACAGAGUGCAGAGGAAGUGUUUUUGUUUUUUAAUGAAACUUUUUGACAUCAAUGCAGCUUGUAACAGAUGGAGUCACAGAAAAUAGAGAUAGGCUGUUGAGUUGUUGUUUGUAUUUAUUGCAAAUGAUAUGGGAUUGCUAAGGGAGUUUUAAAAUAAUGUAAAGAGUGACAAUUUGAUUUAAUAUUAUUUGUCAUAUGUUGGGUUGCCAAACCUAAUCUCACAAGUCUCCAUAUUGGGGAUACUCUGUAUUUUCAAAGCCCCAUAGUGUAUUUCAAAAUGAUGUAAGAACCAAACUGUGGAUAAAGCUGCAGUUGUUGUAGACGUGUGACUGUGUGUACAUUUUACUGUGAAUGUGUAUUUAGUUUAUUUCUGUUUCUUCCUCAUUUUUCUUCAUGUAUUUUUUAUUAGGCUAUCCUGUUUUGUAUUAGACUAGCCAUCCAGUCCAGUCUUCUAAUAUUAUUUGGUAAUAUGUGAAUUAUAUUUGCUACAGCUUUUGAUAACCUUUCCAGCUGCACCUAAGAUUAUGAUAUAAUCUUGCUUUAUCAAAAUCAGAAUCAGAAUCAGCUUUAUUGCCAGGUAUGUGUACCUACACAUACGAAGAAUUUGACUCAGGAUUGUACAUUGCUCACGAUGUGCUCACUUACAAUAAAACCAUAAUAAAAUCAGACACAGGCUACAGUAUAGAGAACACAUAUAAACACACUAUAAACAAAAACAGAUUAAAACAAUAUUCCUGACACAGCGACUCAGAAUAUAAAUAAGAAUAUAAAAAUUUAUUGUGAAACUAAAACAUUUUCUAAAAUGAAAAAAACAUCAACAAAGGUGCAUAGGACCUGAGAAUGACCUUUAUUGCUGCCUUUAGGGGCUUUUUGUAAGAUCAUAGGGGUGGUGAUGGCGCAAUGGAUAAGAUGCCUGCCUUUGGUGUGAGAGACCCGGUUCAAUCCCCCACUGUGACCCAUCCACCAAUGUAUCCCUGAGCAAGACACUUCACCUCUACUUGCUCCAGAGGCGUGCGACCUCUGACAUAUAUAUAUAGCAAUUGUAAGUUGCUUUGGAUAAAAGCAUCAGCUAAAAUGAAUAAAUGUAACAUAAAAUAUAGCAAAGCAUGAAAAUAAUUCACUUGAAUACCUUUUUGUUACUACUUUGUUUAUAUGUGUUUUCAUGAGCUAUUUAUUAGACAAGACAAUACCAAAAAGUAAAAGUCUUUUUGUGGUUCAAAAAAAUACAAACAGGGCAAAUUUUAUCAAAAACAAAAAUAUUUUUAUCAAAAACAAAAAUAUGCACAUGUAAUAGAUGUUUGAAAUAUUUUACCAAAGAGUGCUGAAUAUACUGUACAUGUCAAGAUAAGUUAAACAAAUAUGUUAUUACACAUGAUAUUAAUAACCAAAAAUGUAUCUGCAAUUUUCCAUGGAAUAGAAGUAGAAGAAGGAGUUGAAUAUUAUUUUCACAACACAUCCUGGUCCAUCAACUAUCAUAAGCAGUGGUGGAAUGUUUUCUCUAGUACUUCUGUUUUAUACUUCACUACUACUCUGUAUACUGUACUUUUACUCCAUUUAAAAUUUUACAGACCUAUUCUAUAAAGUAUGGUGUGUCUUUAUAGAUUAACUUCCCAAAAGAAUAUCAAAUUGUUAAAGAUAAACUCCAUCAUGACAAUUUACAACAUUAAAAUGCUGUUUACAAGUUCAUGCAUUAGUGAAUAGCACCCAACAAUAUACUAAAUAAUAUUACACUGACAGGGGCCAUUCUGCUGCAUUAUGGCUAUUUUUAGUAUAAGUUCAUUUCGGUGAUAAUAAUUUUGUACUUUCACAUAAAGUGAGUUGUUGAAUACCAAA